UGGGAGGUCUCGCAAAUGGCGUACUUUGUUAUUUUGGCUCUUGUAGUUGUGAUUGUUUUUUUGCUGGUUCGUAUCCUAAAUCUGACGGAUUCUUCUCAUUCUCCAAAGAUAUAUUCAUCUAGUAGCCAUUUUACCAACACAGUCCUACAAUCCUGUCCUAUUUUAUUCGAAAGGUAUUCCCCCCCAGUCAUUUGGGGAAAGAGUGGCCAUUGUCAAACCCUUGUUGGAGCUCUGUUUGGUCGGCGAGCCUGCCCAGAAUUGAAAGGAACUUUACACACAACAAAACUGCGUGAUGGCACUGUUGUCACUUAUGAGAUUUACUCUCCUGACAAAAGUUCACUUUUGAGCUUUGAACAGGAGAAGCCUACAAUCAUCACAGUCCCAGGAAUUGCUAACUGUUCCGAGACAAAGUAUGUGCGCACAUUUACUGACUAUGCCGUUCGUCAGGGCUUCCGGGUUGCUGUGUUAAAUCAUUUGGGAGCUAAGAAGGAGAGUGGAUUGUCCACUCCAAGGAUUUUUACUUAUGGUGGUACAGAGGAGCUGGCUGCUAUGGUAACGCAUAUCACCUCUGUGGGUAAUCACCAGCGACUUAUUGGAGUUGGGUUCUCAAUGGGCGCAAACAUUUUAAUUAAAUAUCUGGGGGAGGAACCCUCACGGCAGGAGUUAUUUGAAUGUGCGGUGUCUGUCUGCCAGGGAUAUGAUAUCUUAAGAGCAAAGACUCUCCUUCACGAAUGGGAUGGUCUUCGACGUUUUUACAACUGGGGCAUCACCCAAAGCGUGAAGAAGGUACUCGAUCGCAACAUGAAGGUGUUAUUCCAGUGCCCCAAAUUCACAUCAUCUGUGCAUCAUGUUCGUUCCUCUUCUUCCCUUGUGGAGUUAGAUGAUGCAUAUGUCAAAAAAAUGGCUGGAUUUCAUAAUUUGGACGAGUUUUAUGCUGUAAACAGUUCCUGUAACUAUAUAAAUCAGAUUAAGAUCCCAGUAUUUCUUUUAAAUGCCUCCGACGAUCCUCUUGUACCCGAGGAACUGUUUGAUACGCCAUACAACCACGUCAAAUGUAAUGAAUCAGCGGUGUUCGUUGUGACCCAUCAUGGUGGCCAUCUUGGAUUUUACGAGGGAGGGUUUUUUACUGUUUUUCCUUUGACUUGGCUCGACAAGGCCGUGAUACAGUACAUCCUGGCGGUUUUAAAAGUGAAAAAGGAGGAAAAGAUACCAUCGUUUUCCAACCAGGACGAAGAAUAUGUAAUUACAUCGUAGCAUUCGUUGGAAAAUGGCGGCGGUUUUGUAUACCUUUUUCCUGCGUUUUUUUUACGAUCUUAAGCUUCAGUUUGCCUCUCGACCAAGUCGGUUUUGCAAUAUUUUUAAAUUUAGGGGCCAACCAAGUUAUUAUUAAUGGCUAUCUUUAAUCAUUUAGCUUUUCAAAAUUCAUUUCAAUUGCAUUAUAUCACUUGGUUUUGUUAAACCUGAUGAUUUUAAACAUCCAGCAUCAAAUUUUAUAUCAGUGUAAACAUUUUAGAAAUUUGAAUAUUUUUGAUAAAACAGUCGUAAAAUUCGUAUAAGUAAAAUACAUUUUUGAAACGUUGUAACCAGUUGCAAGUAGCCUGCAGAGCAUGCGUAAUUUGGGCGAGCAAGUGCUCAGUAUCUUCUCCGCAAAAAAUGGGCGCCAUCUUUGAUUUUAAUGGAAGCGGAAAGAUGGGGAGAGAAAGUAAUUUGCACCAAGGGGGUGAGUGACGGUAAAAAAUAAGUAAAGGGGCAGGGGUGGGGCAGUGCUUGCCCUUUUCCCCGCCCCCUACCCCUACCGUUCACUCUGACUCUAAAUCAAGCAUGGCGUGCGGAUAAACGAUCACGAGCUUGUAACGUUAGCUCGCCCUUAUAAGACGCCUGCAAUGCAGGCUAAGUUGAAAGGGAAUUUACCCUUUACGCUCUAACAUCAGUAUGCAUAUUCUCCUCACUGUUGUCUAUACAUUCUCGACAUUACUGAUAAGGAGAAUUUGUACAAAAAUCAAGACCUUCAUUAGUUGGCGAUCAUUUCCUAUAUUCUCAUGACGUAACCUUUUGAUUUAAUGUUGAUUCUGUAGGGAGAAAUUAGAUUCUAGUCACUCUUAGAAGUUGAAGGAAGGAAUACCUGUAUUUCUCUCUUCCUUUCUCCAGGAAACGAGUCUUUACUCCAAUAAGAGCUGCAUACUUGAGAUUGUUGUUUUUGUUUUUUUUUAUUUGUCUGCUGGUUUUUUAACACGUAACUGAUUAACUUGAAUAUUUAAAAACGUUUGUUUAUCACUUUGAUGUUAUUUGUAACUUGUAGUUACACAGUGAUAUAUUUACGUUGGAGGGUGAAUCACCUAACCAGCAUAUUGAACACUUUAAAAGAAAAAUAUUGUUUUGGUCAUUUGGUAUCGCCUUGGGUUAUUGUCGAGUGGCGUUAUCGAUGAGAAAUGAACUAAAUAUUUUUCACAAUUGUAAUUCGUAAUUUAGCAAGUGGAUUCAGUUUAUAGUACAAAACUUAAAUGUUCAUGUCCAAUACAGCCUUUACUAAGGACACUACAUACUGACUAACUUGUAGCUCUAAGAAACACGAGGUAGUUUAAUACGAUACAUGUCUCUUUACUAUCAAUAAGGAACAGUUUUCAACUGAGUGUCGAAAGUAAUUUGGGAUUGUAAGCCGUUUUGCUUUCCUUAGCUCUUUGAUUGGCCCAGAAAAGUCGCGCUACUCUCUCUCAACCAAUCGAUGCAAAACUUAAACCCAUCACGGCUUGAUCGCCCGCGUUUUCCCGCGCUUAGGGCGGAUUGGUCGGUUUUACUCUGAGUUCUCAUUGGCUCUCACAAAGGGGUUUCCUUUCUUCUGAUUGGCCGUUUUUGUUACUUUGGUUUUGGUUUUACGACACUUAAUCGAAAAGUGCUCGAUAAGUAAUACGUUAACAAAUUGUCUCACAAUUUCAAUUAGAGAUAACUUUUUGUGAUAAAGAAGUAUUUUGAAUAAAUAAAGUCAAGGAUAACUUCGUAAUGAUAAUGAUAUUAACAAGUAUGAAUUAAAAACUAUAUCUGACAAUGAAACACUUCUUGUAACUAAAUCUUGAUAUUAAAUCAGAAAUGAAACCUUGA